GAACCGCAGCAGGAGGAUCCAGUCCGCUCCACACUCACUCUCCAUGUUGGAAACGGAGCAACUUCUCCUCCAGCCGACUCCAACCGUCCGCCUCAGCCAGCGUGCUGCUCCCCACAACCCCGCUGUCUCUCCGCUCAGCUCCGUGCUAUGAUGCUGGACUGGAGAGGAACCUCGAAAACAACUGUAUGAGCGCCUUUGCUGGUCGACACAGAGUGAGACAGGCUACUCCAACAAAGGCCUCUGGAUGUGGUGUCUCCUGCAGCUCAGGUGAAAGUUGGUGUAAUGAUUACUAAAAACAAGCAUGCCCCACGUGACAGCAAGACAAGUGCCUUCCCCUCCACAAGUUGUUUGAAAGGACAAAGAUGCAGAGUGCAGGAGGAAGAAAUGCACGUAAGAGACUUGAAAUGAGAAGGGAGUUGGAAGGAUGGAGGAAUGAGUCACAGAGGCAGGGACGAAAACGGAUGAAAGCAGGGAGUGGUGUGAUGAGUAUACGGAUAGGACGAGCAGGUUGUCAGGAUGAAGGAGGAGAAUCUGUUCCAGCGGAGGUUUUCUCUGUGCCCCAAUGCCACCUCACCCCCUAAAAUUGACCCCCGCUCCCUUACACGGAACCUGUCUUAUGGAGGAGAUAACGACCUCUACAACCUCAGCCCAGGCAGUGACACAGACAGGAACGGCCUCUCCAUGCUGAGUAAUGAACUUAGUCCUGCCCAAUCACCAGGCAGUAAGUCUGAGUCCAGGAUGUUUAAUGGAGUUGAGAAGGAGUGCCCCUCUCCAACAGAGAAGCUGGCCAGGAAGGAGUCUCUUAAGGUCCAAAAGCAGAAUUACAGGCAAGAGAAGAAACGUGCAGCUAAGGAGCUGUUCAGUGCACUGAAGGAUCCCAGUGUUGUCAUCAUGUCUAACUGGCUAAAGAUCCGUGGGUCUUUAAAGAGUUGGACCAAGCUGUGGUGCGCCCUGAAGCCUGGAGUUCUUUUGAUCUAUAAGACCCCAAAAACAGACCAUUGGGUGGGCACCAUCCUACUCAGUGCAUGCAAGUUGAUAGAGAGACCUUCAAAGAAGGACGGAUUCUGCUUUAAGCUUUACCACCCCCUGGACAAAUCCAUCUGGGCUGUCAAGGGUCCCAAAGGAGAAAACGUUGGUUCCAUCACACAGCCUCUACCCAGCAACUACCUGAUCUUCAGAGCAGCAUCUGAGUCUGAUGGUCGGUGCUGGAUGGAUGCCCUGGAGCUGGCUCUCAGCUGCUCCAGUCUGUACAAGCUGACAGCCAAAGCAGGGAGAGAGGCAGAUAUCAGCACGACUUCAGAGUCGUCCCAUAUUCUCCACCUGCUGCAGUCUACGGCGCUCACUGACACUGAGCUGUUACAGUUAAAUGACUCUGUGCUGCUGGGCAAUCAUCACAUGGAGCAUGACGGGUUUUCUGACAAAUCUGAGCGGGAAGCUCACGAAGACUGGGACACUCUGGCCAAUGAGAACGGUGGAAGGCUGACAGAAGAGAGUGACAUGGACCAAUCAGACGAGCUGCUCCCCAGCCCACAGGCCACAGCCUAUGUGGAGCAGGGCACAGAGGAGAUGGCUGAGGCUGGGGAGGCAUCCCAAGUUGAGACUGUUUCAGAGGAAAAUAAGGGUCUCAUUUGGAGCCUGCUUAAGCAGCUGCGGCCAGGCAUGGACCUGUCCAAGGUGGUGCUGCCAACCUUCAUCCUGGAGCCUCGCUCUUUCCUGGACAAGCUGUCCGACUACUAUUACCACGCUGAUCUGCUCUCACAAGCAGCACUGGAGGAGAGUGCAUACGGUCGGAUAAAGCAGGUGUUGAGAUGGUACUUGUCUGGCUUCUAUAAGAAGCCCAAGGGUCUGAAGAAGCCUUACAACCCAAUCUUGGGGGAAACCUUCCGCUGCUGUUGGCUUCAUCCUCGAACCAACAGCUGCACUUUCUACAUUGCUGAACAGGUGUCCCACCAUCCGCCGGUGUCUGCCUUUUAUAUCUGCAAUAGGAAGGAUGGUUUCUCCAUUAGUGGGAGCAUCCUCGCCAAGUCAAAGUUCUAUGGUAACUCUCUGUCAGCUAUUCUGGAUGGUAAAGCCCGGCUGCUGUUCUUAAGCAGAGAUGAAGAGUAUGUCAUCACGAUGCCCUAUGCCCACUGCAAAGGGAUCUUGUAUGGCACAAUGACACUCGAGCUGGGAGGAAAAGUUACCAUUGAGUGUGAGAAGACAAAGUGUGUAGCAGAGUUGGAGUUCAAGCUGAAGCCUUUCCUUGGAGGCUCCUGCUCUGUGAAUCAGAUCAGCGGGAAGAUCCUUGUUGGAGAGGAGCUGCUGGCUACGGUUGAUGGACACUGGGACAGCGAGGUGUUCAUCCAUGAGAAACGCUCUGGCCAGCAGGAGACGCUGUGGAAUCCGAGCCCUGAAAUCCGCAGUAACCGCCUCAAAAGACAAGUCGUCCAAAUCGACCAGCAGGGAGAGUUUGAAUCUGAAAGACUGUGGCAGCACGUGACCAGCGCCAUCAUGGAUCGGGACCAGCUGAGGGCCACUCAGGAGAAGUUUGUUUUAGAGGAAGCUCAGCGAAGAGAAGCCAGGGAGAGAGGAGACAAAGCCUGGAUCUCAAAACUUUUCCAACUGGACCCUGUUACCUCUGAGUGGACAUACAGACAUAUGGACUUGCGGCCAUGGGACCCUGAGCGCUGUCUGGUGCAGUUUGAGAAGGACGGAGUGAUUCAGACGCAGGAGAAGAGCCAGAGACAACACAAUGGACUCUCCUACAGCCACAGCUGGACAAGCCAACAGAAGGCCAAGAUGAAUGGUAAACACAGGAAGGCGAGCAGCCAGCCGUCCAGCUGCAGCCAGAACACAGAGAGUAGCAGCACCACGCCAGAACCCACGCACGAGUCAUCGGACAAUGAAGGGUUCUCUAAUCAGUGUGCACGGUGCAGUAAAGAGGUGAAGGACAUCGCUCUGAUUGAGGCCUCCAUCUCAUCCAUACAGAAGACACAGCAGGAAAUCCAGAGAAAUCUGGUGGCUCUGAGUCGUCAGCUGUCUCGUCAGAGGGCAUCAGAGGACGGGGUGUCGUUGACAGGCCGUCACUGUCUCAUCCUCUGCGUCAUUCUUCUCUCACAGCUCCUCCUCAACUAUGUAUUCACCUGAACCCGCACCUCGGAGAGGAGUUUCCCUAUGACACUGAUCUUACACAGCUUCCCUCCAAAAAGCACAGACUCUUAAUCAGCAGCAGAGGGCAGAAACCUCAGAUCAGUGCCAGGAGGGUAACUUUUUUCCUUCUUGUUCCCUCUAAGAGGAGAGGAGCACGGACUUUUAUAGCAAUAAACACAGCCACAGCCACCGCCUGUCAGUCAUCUGCAGAGAGGAACGGCACCCCCUAGUGUAGCCAGACUGAAACAGCACCGGCACCCAUGCACUUUGGACAGGAAGAGGAAAGAUGUGAGACAAGCCUGGCUCAGAAGUUUCAGAGUAAAAGGAUGAAAUGUAUGACAGAGAUUUAGAAUGAUUUUACAAAAAGAAAUGACAGAGAGGAUGUUUCACCAUUCCUUAGUGUCUUUUUAUAUUGCCCUGCAAUACUGUUAGUCUGUUUGUGUGCCUGUAUGUGUGUUUUCUUUGUACCUACAGCACAGAAGGCCCUUUGGGUGCAGGUAGAUCACCACUGAGAUGUCUCCUACUCCCUUCCACUCCAGAUUUUUGGGCCUUAACGCUGAAGCCAAAAAGAAGAAGAAAAACAAACCUAGAAGGAAAAUCUUCCAACAGUGCAAUUCUGUGUUUUGUAUUCGUGUACGCUCGAACACACUCUGUCUUGUCUUUUAAUGAUGAUGAUUUUACCAAAACAGUAUUUAUAAUCCGAAAGGACAAGAGUACUUGUUUACAGGGAGCACUGUUUGUGUUCAUAGUGACACACAGGAAGACAGGGGGCAGGGCAGAGAGCCAAACAGAGUGUCUUUGUAUUUGUGUGCCUGUAGUGCUGUAACAGAAGGGAUAGUAGCUUAGCACUGCUGUGGUGUAGAUCAUGACACCAGUGUAUACAAUCAGUUACAUACAACAACAACAUGAAGAGGAACAAGAGAAAAACAAGUCAAAGAUGAGUCAAAGAGAGGAGGCUUGUGUCCACACCAUGUUCAAGUGACUGUUUAAAGAUGUAAACACUUAGCGUUGAGGUGUUUGUUUUGUCUUUUAAUCAAACUGUACAUAUUUGUCUGUUUCAAAAAGAGAUUCAGAAUGUAUUUAUUGGGUGAUUAACCUUGACUUUCCUAAUCUGAUUCAGCUUAGAGGACGGUUACCAGGGCUGACAGUCACUCUCCCAGGGUUGUGUGUGUCCGUCAUAUUUGUGUGUCUGUGUGAGAGAGUGCGUAUAUCUGUGUGAGGGAGCACAUGUGUGCCAGUAAGCCAUCAUGGUUGUGUUAUAAAUAAGCCAGAUCUGUGAUCUUGACUUUCGCUGGUUUUUAGCCCUCGAGUUUCCAUCGCCAGUUCUGAUCUUCCCGAUGGGAGAGAAGUGGCGAGCACAAGAAGGAAGUCGAUUCUUUGAAUGCUUUUAUUUACACCUUAAUUUGUUUAUUCUUUCAUUAUUUUCCUGUUUUUCUACUCUACUGCCAUGUUGUGGGGAUUUUUCAUGCCAGAUAUUUUGUCAUUAUACUACAGAGAACAUGAUGUUGCCCAAUGUUUUCAUUCAUACCUGUUGCAUACUGUAGCACUACAGUAAAACAUUUUAACCCUG